UAAUCGUGGUCUAUGUGUAGAACAAUCAGAUAAAUCGAUUUAUUAUUUCCAAAGAUAUCUGAAAAAGAAUUAUUUCCCGCCCAUUAAGGCGAAUGAGAUAAGUAAUUUUGUUUUGCUUCUCCUGAACAAUUGAUAAAAGUGGAUUUAUCUGAUUGUUGUUCAAGCCCUUCAAUUGUUGUCAUAUUUUUACUCUUCGAUAAUAAUUAGCAUUUGUGCGGACGAUGGUAGACAUUAUAAUGGCAAAUUACCAGUGGUAAUUAUAUCAACUAAUAAAUUAUCCAGCGUGAAUGAGCACCUGUAUGUGUAACCAGCUACCGUAAAAACAUAUCUCUAUUGCAUUCAACUUCAUACAAUUUUUCAUUUUCUGAUAGAAAUUAUUCAUUUGCUAUAACCAGUGUGAAAAAAGGGCAUUGAACAUAUUGAUAUGGCCCAGUAUCCCAGUGAAAUAUAAAUGUACACUGCAGGUUCCGCGGAGCAAGUCCAAAAUCUCCAACAACAUUUAAAAAAAAAAAUCAGUUUAAAAUUCAGCAGAUGUUCUUAAAUUGAUUUAUAGAAAAAGUAUUGUUUACAGAACUGGAGCAUAUUUACUAUUGGCAUUAAUGAUUGGUGAGACUAUAUUUAAUUGAAAAACAAUCAAUAGAGAGGACAUAAUAUGGAGCCAUUAGGAAAAACUACUGAUGAUUGUGGGAUAAAUUCCAAGUGUAAUGAUAUAAUACACAGGUCUAGUAUGUUGUCAAUCCCACUCAUUAGAUGUGAUGAUCAAGUAUUUAAUGGAAUUAUUAAACAGGAAAAUAUUGAUAAUCAAGUCUUUGAUGGAAUUAUUAAACAGGAAAAUAUUGAUAAUCAAGUAUUUAAUGAAAUCAUUAAAGAGGAAAUUAUUGAAGGAAUGGACUUUAAAAAUGAUAGUCGAUCAUUUCAUAUAGGUUCUAGAGUGGUGCCAUUACCACUUAAUGUGAUAUGUGAUAAUCAAGCAUUUAAUGAAAAUACUAAACAGGAAAUUGUUGAUGAUCAAGAAUUUAAUGGUUUUAUUAAAGAGGAAAUUAAUGAUGAAACAAACCAUAACAAUGAUAAUCAAUUAUUACAAAAAGGAACUAAAAUUGAAGAGAAAAUUAACACAAUUGAUACCGUUAUAAAAACAGAAGUAAAUUGUAUUAACGAUUCUGAAUUUGAAGGAGCAGCUGUAAACGAAAGCAAUUCUGCAGAUAUCAUUACUUGUAUGAAUUUGGACUUGACAUCUAACUGCCUAAAGAAAAAUCCAUUGGAUAAUAACUGUGAGAAAAUAUCUACAGCAUCCAAAUUAACAAAGUAUACAAGGACAUACACCGGUAAAAGAUCGUAUAAAUGUGAUUUCUGUGAUAAAGAGUUUACUAUAAUAUCACGUUUAACAAGGCAUACAAAGACACAUACCGGUGAAAAGCCGUAUGAAUGUGAUAACUGUGAUCAAGCGUUUUUUUUGAAAUCACAUUUAAUAGGCCAUAAAAUGACACAUACCGGCGAAAAGCCUUAUAAAUGUGAUAACUGUGAUCAAGCGUUUUCUAAGAAAUCAAAUUUAACAAGGCAUAUAAGGACACAUACCGGCGAAAAGCCGUAUAAAUGUGAAAAGUGUAACCAAGCGUUUUCUCAGAAAUCAGAUUUAAUACGUCAUAUAAGGACACAUACCGGCGAAAAGCCGUAUAAAUGUGAUAACUGUGAUCAAGCGUUUUCUCAAAAAUGUAGUUUAAUUAGCCAUAAAUUGACACAUACCGGUGAAAAGCCGUUUAAAUGUGCUAACUGUGAUCAAGCGUUUUAUCGGAAAGACCAUUUAAAAAGCCACUCAAGGACACAUACAGGCCAAAAGCCGUAUAAAUGUGAUACAUGUAACCAAGCGUUUUCUCAGAAAUCAAAUUUAACAAGCCAUACAAGGACACAUGCCGGUGAAAAGCUGUUUAAAUGCGAUAACUGUGAUAAAGAGUAUACUAUAAAAUCAAGUUUAAUAAGGCAUAUAAGGACACAUACCCAAUUCACAUAACCAACGCCACUUUGAUAUAUGUAAUUUAGCUUCAAUGUAAAAAAUCUAUCUGCACAUUUAUUUUAUUUUUAAAUUCAUAUUUUAACCUACUUAUUUUUGAUUACUUUAUGUAUUUUUUAAUGUAAUAGCAUAUAUCCCCGAUAAGAAGAUGUUCACUACAAAAAUAAAUAAUAAAUAAUUACCAA